CCCAGCCCACGUGGUUCCGGGGCCGGAAAUGGCGGCGGCGGGCAGCCCGGCUUCGCUGGAGUCCGCUCCGCGGAUCCUGCGGCUGGUGGCUGAGUGCAGUCGCUCCGGGGCCCGGGCGGGCGAGCUGCGGCUGCCUCAUGGCACUGUGGCCACCCCGGUGUUCAUGCCGGUGGGAACACAGGCCACCAUGAAGGGCAUCACCGCGGAGCAGCUGGACAGCCUGGGCUGCCGCAUCUGCUUGGGCAACACCUACCACCUGGGGCUGAGGCCGGGCCCGGAGCUGAUCAGGAAGGCCCAGGGCCUCCACGGCUUCAUGAACUGGCCCCACAAUCUGCUGACGGAUAGCGGCGGCUUCCAGAUGGUGUCUCUGUUCUCCCUGUCCGAGGUGACCGAGGAGGGCGUCCGCUUCCGCUCGCCCUACGACGGCGAAGAGACACUCUUGAGCCCGGAGAGGUCUGUGGAGAUACAGAACGCGCUGGGCUCUGACAUCAUCAUGCAGCUGGACGACGUUGUGAGCAGCACGGUGACAGGCCCUCGGGUGGAGGAGGCCAUGCGCAGGUCGGUCCGCUGGCUAGACAGAUGCAUCGCAGCCCACAAGCAUCGGGACAAGCAGAACCUGUUUGCCAUCAUCCAGGGUGGACUGAAUGCCGAUCUGCGGACCACUUGCCUGAAAGAGAUGACCAAGAGGGAUGUGCCGGGCUUCGCCAUUGGAGGUCUGAGUGGGGGAGAGAGCAAGGCACAGUUCUGGAAGAUGGUGGCAUUAAGCACCUCCAUGCUGCCCAAGGACAAGCCGAGAUACCUGAUGGGGGUUGGCUAUGCCACCGAUUUGGUGGUCUGCGUGGCUCUUGGAUGUGACAUGUUCGACUGUGUGUACCCCACACGGACAGCGCGCUUUGGCUCUGCCCUUGUGCCCACCGGGAACCUGCAGUUGAAGAAGCAGCAGUACGCCAAGGAUUUCAGUCCCAUAAACUCCGAGUGUCCCUGUCCCACCUGCCGGAAGCACAGCCGCGCCUUCCUGCACGCCCUGCUGCACAGCGACAACACGGCAGCCCUGCACCACCUGACCGUGCACAACAUUGCCUACCAGCUGCAGCUGCUGAGCGCCCUGAGGAGCAGCAUCGUGGAGCAGCGCUUUCCUGACUUUGUGCGAAACUUCAUGCGCACCAUGUAUGGGGACCACAGCCUGUGUCCUGCCUGGGCUGUUGAAGCACUGGACUCCGUGGGAAUCACACUCACAUGACCUGGUUGCCCGGGGAGGGAUGCUGGGCUAUGGGGGAUACUGAAGGAUUCUUCUUUUAAAAAGAUUUUUUUACUA